UGGGCACGGGCCGGAGGGACGUAGCCGGGGCCCUCGGGGUGGCGCCGCCAUGUCCGACAGCGAGAAGCUCAACCUGGACUCCAUCAUCGGGCGGCUGCUGGAAGUGCAGGGCUCCCGACCCGGCAAGAACGUGCAGCUGACGGAGAACGAGAUCCGCGGCCUGUGCCUCAAGUCCCGGGAGAUCUUCCUGAGCCAGCCCAUCCUCCUGGAGCUCGAGGCGCCCCUCAAGAUCUGCGGUGACAUCCACGGCCAGUACUACGACCUGCUCAGAUUGUUUGAGUAUGGGGGCUUUCCCCCGGAGAGCAACUACCUCUUCUUGGGGGACUACGUGGACCGGGGCAAACAGUCCUUGGAGACCAUCUGCCUGCUGCUGGCCUACAAGAUCAAGUACCCCGAGAAUUUCUUCCUCCUCCGAGGCAACCACGAGUGCGCCAGCAUCAACCGCAUCUACGGCUUCUAUGACGAGUGCAAGAGACGCUACAACAUAAAGCUCUGGAAAACCUUCACGGACUGCUUCAACUGCCUGCCCAUCGCAGCCAUCGUAGACGAGAAAAUUUUCUGCUGUCACGGAGGCCUGUCCCCAGACCUACAGUCCAUGGAGCAGAUCCGGCGCAUCAUGAGGCCCACAGACGUACCGGACCAAGGGCUGCUGUGUGACCUCCUGUGGUCAGACCCUGACAAAGAUGUGCAAGGCUGGGGGGAGAACGACCGUGGCGUCUCAUUUACUUUUGGAGCCGAGGUGGUGGCCAAGUUUCUUCACAAGCAUGACCUGGACCUCAUCUGCCGAGCGCACCAGGUGGUAGAAGAUGGCUACGAGUUCUUUGCCAAGCGGCAGCUGGUGACCCUCUUCUCUGCCCCUAACUACUGUGGCGAGUUUGACAAUGCAGGAGCCAUGAUGAGCGUGGACGAAACCCUCAUGUGCUCUUUCCAGAUCCUUAAACCAGCCGACAAGAACAAAGGCAAAUACGGGCAGUUCAGUGGCCUGAAUCCUGGCGGCCGCCCCAUCACCCCACCCCGCAACUCCGCCAAGGCCAAGAAAUAGCCAUCCCAGGCAUGACUGACUGUACAGAAAUCCUGGCUCCUCUUGGCGUCUCUGACGCCCAGGAGGGCCUCUAGUUGCAGGGAGCACCAAACCUUGGUGUAAUUUUCUUUUAUAAAACAAAAUCAAAUAGAGUCUAAUCCCCUCUAGCCCUGAUCUGUCUCCCCCCACCCCCGCCCCCACCCCCCAAGCUGGAUCCUGGGUGGGGGACCUGGGGAGGGAAGAAGAAAGCUUGAGUCCUGCCUGGGCUCAGCUGCCCUGUCUCUUGGGUCAGGAGGUUAUGGGGACACCAGGCUCUGUGCCCUUAUCUGGUCUUUUUUGAAUAAAUGUCAAAGCUGGAUUCUCA